UUUAUGAAAAACAUGGCCGAUUUGAUUUGUAAUGUCGAUGUCGGUGAAACUGAAGCGUUAUUUUACUAAAGAUUUUUGUUAUUUAGUUGUUUUAUUUAAAAUAUUAUAAAAAUAAGUUACAUGAUUUAUUAGUAGUAGUUAUUAUCUUUUGCUUUAUAUGACACAAUAGUUUGAAGUGUACGCGUGUUACGUUAUAAAUUGUUGAGAGUUGAUGAGUUUCUGAUUAUUUGCCACUCGGGUUGGAGGUGCGAUGUCUUUUCCACCUCGCCCGCCUAUGGUGCCAUACGGAAUUGCACCCGGUGUGGUCACUAUGCCAAUGGCAACUCACGUAAUGGUCGGAGCGUACGGAGCCGGCGGCGCGGUGGCGGGCGGCGGGCGCUCGGCGCUGCUGCCCGCGCCCGCGCCGCCCGCGCCCCCCGCGCCCGGCGCCAAGCCGGCGCGCGCCAGCCAGCCGCGCGCGGCCAACGGAGCCAAGGACGACGGGCCGCCCGUCACCGUGUUCAUAGGCAACAUCUCGAGCCGCGCGCCGGACGCCAUGAUCCGCGCCGUGCUGGGCGCGUGCGGCGCCGUGGUGUCGUGGAAGCGCGUCAGCACUUUCGGCUUCUGCGAGUUCGCCGGCCCCGAGGCCGCUCUGCGCUGCGUGCGGCUGCUGCACGAGCGACCGCUGGCCGACAAGAAGCUGCUGGCGCGCACCGACGGCAAGAUGCAGGCGCUCGUCGACACCUACAAGACGGAGCAGCGCUCGCGGCUGGGCGAGCAGGCGCCGGGCACGGAGGGCGAGGGCUGGCUGGACGCCACGCAGCGAGCGCUGGACGAGGCGGCCGAGCGCCGGCUGGUGCAGCUCUACCGCGACUACCAGGACGACAUCAACAACUACGAGCUGCUGCAGAAGGAGGAGGCGAUCUCUAAGACGGCCCGCGUGCUGGAGGAAGCCGAUAUAUCGGAGGAGAAGCGCGACGUCAUCCACCGGGAAAUCGGCAAGUUCCGCGAGAGUAUGAAGGAGGAGGCGGAUGUGGUGGUGCGACGCAAGCGAGACCCUAAGGACGACAAACCGGACCGCGAUAAGGACAAGGAGAAGGACAAGGAGAAGGACCGGGAUAAGGAUCGCGACCGCGAGCGGGAGCGCGACAGGGACCGAGACAGAGAAAGGGAUAGGGACAGGGAGCGGGAGCGGGAGCGGGAGCGGGAGCGGGAGCGCGGAGAGCGGGAGAGGGGCGAGCGGGAGAGAGGAGAGCGGGAGAGGGAGCGAGAACGAGAGAGGGAGCGGGAGAGAGAUCGCGACAGAGACAAAGACGGUAGAACGCGACGCAGAAGCCACUCCAGGAGCAAGGAUCGACGGGAGGAGCGAGAGAAGGAGCGAGAGCGGGAACGAGAAGAACGCGACCGAGAGCGGGAGCGGGAGCGCGAGAGGGAGCGGGAGAGGGAGAGGGAGCGAGAGAGAGAGAGGGAGCUCCGCGAGCGAGAGAGGGAACGCGAAGCGCGCGAGAGGGAGCGAGAAAGGGAGAGAGAACGGGAGAGAGAACGUGAACGCUCGCGGGAACGCGAACGAGACAGGGACAGGGAGCGAGAGAGGGAGCGAGAGCGGGACAGAGAUAGGGAACGCGAGAGGUCUCGCGGUCGCACCGAGCUAGAUGCGCGGAAGGAGAAGGAGGUCGAGGAGGAGGCCAGAGAUAAGAAGAGGCUCGAAAAGAAGGCUAGGGAAAAGGAGGCGGCGUACCAGGAGCGGUUGCGGAACUGGGAGAGUCGCGAGCGCCGCAAGGCGAAGGAGUACGAGCGAGAGCGAGAGCGCGAGCGCUGUCGGGAGGAGGAGCGCGAGCGGGAGGCCAAGCGCCUCAAGCAGUUCCUCGAGGACUACGACGACGAGCGAGACGACCACAAGUACUACAAGGGCAAGGAGCUGCAGCGCCGGCUGGGAGCGCGCGUGCGCGAGGCCGAGGGCGACGCCCGCGAGCGCGCGCGCGAGCAGGAGGAGCUGGAGCAGCUGCGCCGCAGCAUCUUCGGCGCGCGCGCGGCCGACGACCCCGGCGCGCACGCCGACUACGAGCGCGCGCGCCGCGAGCGCGACGAGCUGUACCGCCCGCGCCUGCUGGUGGACGCCACGCUGCAGCGCGACCAGCAGCGCGAGCGCGAGCUGCAGCGCGCCCGCCAGCGCGAGGACGCGCGCCGCGAGGCUCGCGAGCGGCUGGCUCGGGAACGCGAGCGAUACUUGCGCGCUCAGGCGUCGCGCGAGCUCCCCACCGAGGCCGAACCCAUCGAUUCGGACGAUAGCGGCGGCGCGGACACGGCCGGCAUGGACGCCGACGAGCUCGGCUCGGCCUCCGCCGAGGCGGAGGCGGAGGCGGAAGCGGAGUCGGGCGGCGGGUCGCUGACCCCGCCCGCGCCCGACGCGCCCGACGCGCCCGCGCGGCGGCGCCACCGCAGGCAUCGCCGCCGGGCGCCCGACACGCCGCCGCGCCCGCCCGCGCUCGUGAGUGGCGCCCGCACGCCGCCGCCCGUCGGCCGCGGCUUCAGUACGGGACUGACGGACACCCUAAUGUUUCAGAGCGACGGCGGCAGCACUCCGCCUCGCCCGCCCUCGGACGAGCGCUACCACAUGCCGGAGGGCGCAAGUGCCGGUAGUUCUCCGAUCAGCAUAAGUUUUCGCGCGCGACACAGUCCGUCCCGCAGCAGUCCCGCCGAUGGCCACAGAGCCGAGCGUCGCGUGCACGCAGCUUUCGCAGACGACGACGAGCCCACGCGUAAAGACAAAAAGGAAAAAGAAAAGAAGAAAAGUGAGAGCAGCGAUCGAGGCGAGAAAGGUGAGAAGAGCGAAAAGGGGGAUAAAGAGAAAGAGAAGGGCGAGAAGGACAGCAAGUGCGCCGAGGAGAAGCGGAAGCACAUCAAGAGCCUCAUCGAUAAGAUUCCCACGCAGAAGGAGCAGCUGUUUCAGUACCAGCUCGACACUGACCAGAUCGACAACACCCUGAUGGAGAAGAAGAUCCGGCCGUGGAUCAACAAGAAGAUCAUCGAGUACAUCGGCGAGCCCGAGCCCACGCUCGUCGACUUCAUUUGCAGCAAAGUGCUGGCCGGCUCCGCGCCGCAGGGCAUCCUCGACGACGUGCAGAUGGUGCUGGACGAGGAGGCGGAGGUGUUCGUGGUGAAGAUGUGGCGCCUGCUCAUAUACGAGCUGGAGGCCAAGCGCGCCGGCCUGCACAAGUAGCGCGGCGAGAGACGGCCCGAGUGCGGAGUCACGAUGAGCUGACGAUUCCUCAGUUCGCGGUGGAAGAGGUUGCAUUCGUCGACACUAAUAUUUCUCGAGAUAUAUUUUAUUUUUUAUAAGCAAUAAAUAUCAUUUUGUACCGACAGCUCUCAUUGUAAAACUAUAAAUUGUAAAAAAAACAACACAUUUCAGGAUCGUUUUCUGUUCUGAGAUAACGCAACGACGUUCCGUUGUUCUAUAACUUUCAAUUCCCUACGAUUAUCUUCACAACGGUAGUUUAGUCGGAUGUCGAUAAAUAUGACGUACUUACUAUUUUAUACUAAGCUCGAUACGAUUUAAAUAUCUAUAAAAUCAAGCGUUAACGUUCGAUAAAGAAAUUGUAUAGUUUAAAAUAUUUUAUAAAGAAUUGUAUUUGUAAUUCCGAGACGCAGUGUUCCUAUAUUCAUAAUGACUCAACAUCUUCACGUCGACAGUGUUCCAAGAGAAUCAGAACGAGUUCCAAACCAGUACAGCCUCAAUACUUGAAAUAGUUUCUGUGUUCAAAUAAUUAUUGUGUUGUCUAACGUCGUUUGUAACAAAAAUUCUAUUGGGACCUGAGUGGUGAUAGUGGAGUCGUGACGUACGCAGAAGGCGUUGUACUCCGAAGCCCUCCAGCGGCGAGGUGCCACGAAAUAGAUCGUUAAUGAAAAAAAAUCUAUGUGUGCCAACAUCCGAGACAUCGGUCAUUACAUUAUAUAAUUUAGAAAUCAAAGAAGAAAAUAAAUCCAUUUUUAUUUGCAUAAUGUUCCAAAUUCUCGGUGUCGCCGGGCCUUAUUUGAAACAUUCUAAUUGUAAUCGUUGCAAUAGUCGAACUACGGUUAAACUAUUCUCAUUUGAGUACAUCUCGUGUCGCCGUGUUUAUCGGCUCCACCCACCGUCAGAUCCUAAUACGAGUCGAUGUUGUGUCUCUUUCGUCGAUAUCGUUGAGAGACAGGCAGCGAAUAGUUUUCUAUGCGCGUAAUAUAAGGCUAUAUUAUAUAAUAAAUGCAACAAAUAAUAAAUAGUUUUGUUAUAAAGUCCGGACAGGAAGCGUAUCUGUAAAUAAAUAACACGUCGUACAGACCCGAUCACGCCGUUCGCGGUGGAGUCGGUUGUGCGACGCACAUCGAGUGGUCGAGUCCACAUUACAAAAUGUAAACAAGGAUGAUUCGGAUUGUUAAAAUUGACUAUUAUUAAUGGUGACUUCAACAAAUAAAAGCUAUAAACUCAAUAUUUUAAUAAAUUGGAAUUAAAUGGUAAGUUAAAUUCAUAUGUAAAUUAAUAUCCGUGCAAAUUUUUUAUUUUGUAAAAUGUAUAAAUAAACUACUUCGAUUUUUUGCGUCCUAAACUGUCGAGUUAAGAAUUUUUAGCUAAAUAUGUGUACCGCGCUGCUGUAACAGAAUCAACUAUGAAGCUUAAUUUGUAUCGCACGAAAUCAUUCGUAUGUUUUGGGAUUGUUUACAUCUUGUAUAAACUGGAACGAAACGAAAAACGGCAACGGUUUUUCACGAGUAAGUCGCAGAGUAUACGCUGUAAUAAGGCGAGAGGCGGAAGUUGAAACUUGUUAAUACGAUACACGGAGAUAGUUACGACUUUGUAUAUACUAUGUGAUACUGCGAUGUUGUUGUUUCACACUAACGAAUGCGCAAUUUGUUUUGUAAAUGAUUACGAUGUAAUACACACAACGGUGUGUGCGUGGGUGAGUGUGUGCGUGUAUGCGCGAGGGGAUGGAUGCGUGUGUGUCAGUUCGUGUUGAGUCGUAACAAUUACGAGGUAAUACUGUAGCGAGUAAUA